GUCUGGAGGAGAGCUACGGUAUCAGCCACAUGCGGAAUUUUAAAGAUGGCGGCCUCCACUCAUGAAAAAAAUGUGGUUUCAUUUCGUGGUAUGGGUCUAGAUGAUCGCGUCCUUAAGGCCCUUGCAAAGCUUGGCUGGUCUAGUCCUACUCUGAUUCAAGAGAAAGCUAUACCACUUGCCUUGGAAGGAAAGGAUAUACUGGCCCGGGCAAGGACUGGAUCUGGCAAAACGGCUGCCUAUGCUAUCCCUCUCGUUCAAAAGGUCCUAAGUUCAAAAGAGACAGCUAGAGAACAGGCAACUCGGGCUUUGGUCUUGGUACCCUCCAGGGAACUCUGUUCACAGGCCUAUAGGAAUUUACAGGAAAUCAGUAAAUGUUGCUCUAAAGAAAUCCGAUGUGCUGAUGUCUCCGGUCAAGUGGAUCUGUCAGCCCAGAGACCCCUUCUUAUGGAGAGACCGGACAUAGUUCUCGGCACACCCAGUCGGAUCUUGGCCCACAUCCAGGCCAAGAACUUGUCUCUACAGAGAUCCCUUGAGAUGCUUGUUAUCGACGAAGCAGACUUAGUAUUUUCCUUCGGCCAUGAGGCAGACAUGAGGGCACUGCUCUCUCAUUUCCCAAAGAUUUAUCAAGCUAUAUUGAUGUCAGCUACGUUGAGUGAAGAUGUAAAGACUCUCAAGAAAUUGGUCUUACACAAUCCAAUCACGCUCAAACUUGCAGAAUCUCAACUUCCAGAAGCAGACCGCCUAAGCCAGUAUCAAAUAAGGUGUAUAGAAGAGGACAAAUUUCUACUCAUCUACACGCUACUAAAGCUCAAGCUAAUCAGAGGCAAAACCAUCAUCUUUGUCAACUCAAUAGACAGGUGUUACAGACUGAAACUGUAUCUCGAGCAGUUCUCAGUAGCUGUAUGUGUACUGAACUCAGAAUUACCGGUGAAUUCAAGGUGCCACAUCGUAAACCAGUUCAAUACUGGCCUUUAUGACAUCAUCAUAGCCUCUGAGGAAUCUAGUCUCUUUGAGGGAAGGAAAACUGAUGAAACAGAAGAGAAGAAAGAGAGGAAAGGAAAAGGUCACAAAGGAAAGCAAAAGAAAGAUAAAGAAUAUGGAGUGUCAAGAGGGAUUGAUUUUCAGAAUGUCUGUAAUGUUAUCAACUUUGAUUUCCCUGAGAGUGUCAAGUCUUACAUCCACAGAGUGGGAAGGACAGCACGGGGAGAAAAGAUGGGAACGGCGUUAUCAUUUGUGAAUGAGGAUGAGCAAAAUCUUCUAGAUAAUGUAGAACAAGAACUUGUUGGAGAUGACGGAACACCUUUAGUUAAACCGUAUCAGUUCAAGAUGUCCGAGAUUGAAGGAUUUAGAUACCGUGCCAAGGAUGCAAUGCGAGCAGUGACGAGGGUAGCAGUGCGCGAAGCCCGGGUGAAAGAGAUCAAACAAGAGAUCUUCAACUCCAAGAAACUCAAGGCCUUCUUUGAAGACAACCCAAGGGACCUACAGCUGUUGAGACACGACAAGGUGUUGCAUCCUGCCAAGGUCCACUCAGAUCUCAAGAAUGUACCUGAAUACCUCGUCCCCAGGGCAUUGAGAGGUACCAUACCAACUACAAGCAGACGGAGAGCUCCAAAAAGGACAGCAGAGGGUACUGUGGGACAGAAGAAAGAGUCUAGGAUAGCCAAAAUGAAGAGGAAAACAGAGGAAGAUCCACUGAAGAGCUUCAAAUACAAGGGAAAGAAAUGACAUCAAGGAACAAUUUCAUACUGAACCCAGGUGGACUCUUGUUGAGUGAGCCAUUAAAAGAACUUUGUAGGACUAUGUGCAUGGAGUAUAAAGAGCUGCAAUGGUAUCUCCAAUCAGACUCUUGUAUAUGGAACAAAGUGAAUUACUCUUAAAUAUGCUCAUGGACGACGACAACAUAGGAGUGUCAUCUUUGUACACCAAUGCCAUCAAACGGGCUAUCUACAGAAUGUGACUUCAGAAAGAAUUCAUCCCUUCUCUCAAUAUCUCUUCUCUCUUUCUCCCUCUCUCUUUCUCUGUCUGUCUGUCUCUUUCUGUCUUAUUUUCUCUAAUCCUUCAUCCCCUUAUACUAGUAGUAUAAUGUAUAACACUUUAAUCCCUAGUUGUGUUUGGGAUGUGCUCUACUCUCUAUUCAUCAGUAGUAUCGUGUGUAUUGGCACCUAAGCAUGAGUUUUACUCACACUUUAAUAGCUCUUUGUGAAACAUUCUCGAUAUCAGUCUCAUGUCUAGUUGAUUCUCUGAAUUGUAGGAUCCGCCUUGGUGAAUCAUGUAGGUUUGCACUAAGAGCUGCAGCCAUAUACUCUCUAGAUGCAGGGGUGGGGGAUACUGACUUCAAAGACAGUUCUACUGCCAGUGAUGAACUUCACCAUUCCAUGUACAAAGAAUGUCGCUGUCUGAUUAGUAAUAUAUUAAUCAUGUGAUGAAUUGUAGAUUUACCCUUUAGAUGUUGAUUCUGCAUAUCGCUUGGUCUAUAGAUUCACCAAUGGUCAAAUUGACGGAAGUAUUUCCAAAUUAAAAGUCUGCUGGAUUGUGUAUUUUCUAUCAGAAAGGCUACUAUAUCCAAUCAACUUGGAUUGAUUCAUAUGCACCCAUCAAAUCAGUUAGGUCAGCUAGUUACCUUCACCGUCUCACUAUUCAGUAAUGUUAAGGAUUUGGUGGUAAGAGUAAGACACUCCCCUUCUGAAAUGCACUGAAACCAUCUUUUAUAGCAGUUUAUAGAUCUUAAGACAUUCACUCUAUUAUUAAAUAUAUCUAAUGUGAUUUAUUGGUAUUGCUUUCGUUUGAGUCGUAGGGAUAAGCAUUACAUGAGUGAUAACAAUUCCCCAGUCUUCAAUGGCACAGAGCACUUGAUAUUAUAACAAAUCAAGGUUUUGAAUCUGUUCCUUAAGGACAGGAGUAGCUUGAUUAAUCACAUGGCAAUCACGUUCACCUUUCCCUUCCACUUUGUCAAAUUCAUGGAGUAUAGUGAGUGAUUGUACUGACAGGCCUUGCAUUACCGAACCCGCGCAUUGUACGCGUUAAAAAAUUCAUACGCUUAAAACUUUGCAACAUCCUUCCAAAUGGAACUUAAAAAUUGGCCCAAAGCACAUUUUCAAAGUCUUUAUAUGCUCAAAAUAAUAAAAUAUUACAAAUAUAGCUCAUCAGUGAUUUUGUUGUUUUCUCAACUUUUCCCGUAGAAAACGCAUGUUCAGUAUACGAUACCAUUUUCAAGUGACCAAUAUAUUUCACAUGCGAAGAGGGGUCCGAUUGGAAGCUGAUAUCGUAAAGAAGAAAAACGAUUUCAGCAAAAUAUUAACAUAUCUAUAUUUUGUAGGUAUAUGGUGAAAAGUUUGGUGAAUUUUAUGAUAAUAAUGUGUUUGAUAUGAUUGAAUUCAUGAAAAAUGUGUGGUAAUACGAUCCACUACCAUACAAAUUCAUCAUCACCUAGCCAAACCCUCCUACUCUUUGAUUGAUGGAGUGGAAAGCAAAGAAAUAAUUUCUUUAAAUUUUUUAAUGCUUUUGUAUCAUAACCUCAAUAUUAUAAUAUUUACUUCAUACAGAGUUAUAGUAUCUAUAUUGGUGGGUGCAUUGGGAUCUAGUGAUUCUGACUGCCGCCUUUCAAACAGAGGGUGGUGGGUGCAAAUCCUAGCCAUGGCGUGUUUUCCUUCAGCAAGCAAUUUAUCCACACUUUGCUGCACUCGACCCAGGUGAGGUGAAUGGGUACCCGGUCUUGCUCGAGCGCCUGAUCAAGGUUGCCGUGCUAAAGCUAGGAUAAUAAUAACAUUGCCAUGUUUAGCAGGGCCCGCUGGGAGAACAGUUUUCGGAACUGAAGUGGCUACCCUGGGUAAAAUAUGACGUUUUAUUAUUAUUAUUUUUAAUGAGAUUGAUGCAUGUUUCAGAUUUACAGAGUGUAUGAAUACAAUACUUUGGCAGAAUGAAUAUUUAACUGCA